AUGUCUGACUUCUUUAAGUCGUUCAACAGGAUCUUGGGACAACGACAACGAGCCACUAUGGCAUAUAGGCCUCAAGCCAAUGGAUCUGCAGAACGAAUGGUCCAGACAGCUACCAGGGCUCUUAAGAUGUACGUGGAAGAUCUGGAUCAACGAGAUUGGGAUGAGUAUGCCGAGCGACUCACCUUUGCGAUCAACACCGCAAGGGAUCGGAUCCGAGGCGAAACACCUUUUUAUAUGAUACAUGGCUGGGAUCCCAGAUCUACCCUGGAAGCUGUGAUCCCUGUGGGGAGUACGCGCAAGCACGAGGAGGCGAGGGAACAGGUGAACCAGCGUCUACGGGAAGCGAUCGCGGAUCGCGCCGAUAUGCAUAAUGAUCUGACAAGACCGCACCCUAUAGAGUCAGAAUCAAGGGUCUGGCUAUACUUGGAUCGGGUGCGUGAAGGGUACGCAAAAAAGCUGGCGCACUUAUGGCAUGGCCCUUUCCGCGUGGCCGAGAAGAUCGGGGAGCAUGCUGUGAGGUUGGAGAUAGCAGGAUCUGCAUACAGCAUUUUGGUACAUGUAUCGAAGAUCAAACUGGUCAAAGUAUUCCCAGAUCGGCCAGUAAUUCGGCUGAACGGAUCAGAAAGAGAUCGAGUAGACUUCGAUGAAGCCCUCCUACCGGAAGAUAGCUGGAUCCAAGAUCGGGAGCCAGACGAGUAUGAAGUGGAACGAAUCUCUGACGUGAGAACUGGCAAGAGGACGAGAUAUGGCCGGAUCUACAGAGAAUUCCUGGUAUAUUGGCGAGGAUAUGAAGAUCCGACUUGGAUAGACGAAGUAGAUCUCAACUGUGGCGCUCUUCUGCAUGAAUUCUUACGAGAUCGUGCUUGUCGCAACCGUUUCGGGGUGAUGCAAUCUCACGAAGAACCGUGA